UACUAGUCUGUUAAGUCAGUCGACAGUACUGGUAGCGUGAGUCUGUUCUUAUAGCUAGGAGAGACACCAACGUGUAUCUCCGUGCUCGUUCUCCCUGAUCAAGAGGACAAAGGACAGCUCGCCAUCCGUGUUCGGUUUAAUUACCACCCAUCUUUAUCUUAAAUGAGUUAAUUUACCCGUUCGCGGGAGUUUUGUUAAUAUACCCCAUCGCGGGAGUUAGGUUAAUGUUUAAAGUACCCCAUCGCGGGAGUUAAUUGUGUAAAAGUACCCUUUAAGGGAGUAAUUUGUGUUAAUUUAACGUAAAUAAAUACCUCUUGAGUAACCAAAACCGUAUUUAUUAUCGUAAUAUGCAAUAUUCUAUUUCAUCUGUAUUGUGUAUCCUGUGCUAUCCGAGCAAAUAAAGUUGCAGUUUUAGAAAUAGUAAUGAAAUAUGGCAUCAAUCGCCAAACGAACUAUUUACGUGGGUGGUUUAGCCGACGAAGUCGAUGAAAAAGUAUUGAAUAACGUUUUCUUACCAUUUGGUGAUAUAUUGGACGUACAAAUACCCUUGGAUUACGAAACUGAAAAACAUCGUGGAUUUGCUUUCAUCGAGUUUGAAGCCGCCGAAGAUGCAGCAGCAGCGAUUGAUAACAUGAAUGAAUCCGAACUAUUUGGACGUACAAUUAGAGUUAACUUGGCUAAACCACAGAAAGUCAAAGAAGGUUCAACGAAAGCAGUAUGGGCUGACGAUACUUGGCUUCAGAAAUACGCCGGAAAAACUGAAGACGAACUCAAAGCUCAAACUGAAAGCGAAAGCGAUAGUACUGCGCCGAAAAUCAAAAAUCCUCAAGUUUACUUCGAUGUUAAGGUUGGAAAUAAAGAACUUGGCAGAAUAACGAUGAUGUUGAGGAACGAUAUUGUUCCAAAGACCGCUGAAAAUUUCAGAUGUUUGUGUACUCACGAAAAAGGUUUCGGAUACCAAGGCAGUAUUUUUCAUCGAAUUAUACCAGAAUUCAUGUGCCAAGGUGGAGAUUUUACCAAUCAUAAUGGUACCGGUGGAAGAUCGAUUUAUGGUAGAAAAUUCAACGAUGAAAAUUUCGACUUGAAACACACCGGACCUGGAGUCUUAUCUAUGGCUAAUUCGGGACCUAAUACUAAUGGAUCUCAGUUUUUUAUUUGUACCGGUCGCACGGAAUGGUUGGAUGGAAAACACGUUGUUUUUGGACACGUUCUCAGCGGAAUGGAUGUUGUUAGAAAAGUAGAAAAAUAUGGAUCAAAAACCGGCAAACCUUUGGAUAAAGUUUAUAUUGCAUCGUGUGGCGAACUCGUUUGAGCGAAGGAUACUUACCG